GACGCGCGCUGCCUGGCGCCGCCCGGGCCGCCGCCGCCAUGGCCACGGAGGACGAGAUCAUCCGCAUCGCCAAGAAGAUGGACAAGAUGGUGCAGAAGAAGAACGCGGCUGGAGCUCUUGAUUUGUUGAAGGAGCUUAAGAAUAUUCCCAUGACCCUUGAGUUGUUACAGUCUACCAGAAUUGGAAUGUCAGUGAAUGCAAUACGCAAGCAAAGCACAGAUGAAGAGGUUACAUCUUUAGCAAAAUCUCUUAUCAAGUCUUGGAAGAAGCUGUUAGAUGGACCUUCAACUGAUAAAGAUUCUGAAGAAAAGAAAAAGGAGCCUGCAUCUUCCUCACAAAACAGCCCUGAAGCCAGAGAAGAAAGCAGUUCAAGUAGCAAUUCCAGCAGCAGGAAGGAGGAGGGUAGUGCUCCUUCAAAUUCUUUCAUCCCUUCCUUUCCCCGGGCUCCAAGCACUUCAGACUCUGUACGAGUGAAAUGUAGAGAAAUGCUCUCUGCAGCUCUCAGAACAGGAGAUGAUUACAUUGCUAUUGGUGCUGAUGAAGAAGAGCUGGGUUCCCAGAUUGAAGAAGCUAUUUUUCAAGAAUUAAAAAACACUGAUAUGAAAUACAAAAAUAGGGUACGAAGUAGGAUAGCGAAUCUCAAGGAUGCAAAGAACCCUAACCUAAGGAAAAACGUAUUAUGUGGAAACAUUCCUCCUGACAAGUUUGCCAAAAUGACAGCAGAGGAAAUGGCAAGUGAUGAGCUGAAAGAAAUGCGCAAAAAUCUGACCAAAGAAGCUAUCAGAGAGCACCAGAUGGCUAAAACAGGAGGUACCCAAACUGAUCUGUUUACAUGUGGCAAGUGCAAAAAGAAGAACUGUACAUACACCCAGGUUCAAACCCGCAGUGCUGAUGAACCCAUGACAACGUUUGUUGUCUGUAAUGAAUGUGGAAACAGAUGGAAGUUCUGUUAAAAGAAGAAAUUAUCAAGACAUCUGGACCAGUAUGAAAGAGGAUUUUGUAAUUAGCUUUAAAAACUAGGCUAAGCAUCUAGCUUCCUGCAAAUGGGAGGGUUUUUUGGUUUUUCUUUUCUUUUUAUUUCAAAGCAGCAUACAUGCCUCAAGUUAGCCUUUGUUUUGACACAACCAUCAUUUCCUUAAAUGCCUUCCUAUAGCUGGUAGUCAGUAGGGCCAGGUUGCUCAAUUGUAUGGUGAAUUCUAAAAUAUUUUUUCAUUUUUAUAAGUAAGUUGACAUUAAACUUUUACCAGUUAAA